AGAUAUUGGAAUAGAGGUAACAAUCGUGUACACAUAGGACAUGUACAUCAGCAUUAAUCUCUUGGUUUGAAAUGGAAUCUCAACAUAUCAGUUUUGCUGUCUGUGUCCAGAUAUAUAAGAAGUGACCAAAUACUUUCUUUGCAAGACCAACACAUCUGUUAUCGAUCCUUGAAGAUGAAGAGUUAAUCUCAUGCCAGCUGGAAAUGUAUUUUGUGUCUGAAAUGAAGUUUUCUGUUGUAACUCAGUGAAAUCCACUGGAACCGGGGUGCUGAGAACACACUCACAGCCUACCCGCAGACAGUCCAGUGAGUUCACAGUGGGGAGAGGCCAUUCACCCACUCUGUGUGAGGGAGGGGAACUACUCAGUCAUCCAGCCUGAAGAUACAUUAGCAAGUUCACAGCACAGAGUGAUACUCCACCUGUUCUGACUGUGGGAAGCAAUUCAAUCUAUCAUCAAGGCUGAAGAUAUAUCCAAAAAUACACCAGUGAGGGGAUAUUGACCUGCUUGGACGGUGGGAAGGGAAAACUGUGACACCAGCAGGUUCACACACAGCCAUUCACCUGCUCUGUGUGGGAAAAGAUUCAUUCAAUCACCUCGACUGAACGAACACCAGCAAGUUCAUUCUGAGAAGAUGCCGUUCACCUGUUCCGACUGUGGGAAGGGAUUCACUCGCUCAUCCGCACCACAGAGACAACAGCAAGUUCACACUGGGGAGAGGCUAUUCACCUGUUCCGACUGUGGGAAGGGAUUCACUCACUCAUCCGCACCACAGAGACAACAGCGAGUUCACACUGGGGAGAGGCCAUUCACCUGUUCCGACUGUGGGGAGGGAUUCACUCGCUCAUCCGCACUACAGAGACAACAGCGAGUUCACUCUGGGGAGAGGCCAUUCACGUGCUUAGACUGUGGGAAGGGAUUCACUCAGUCAUCUCACCUACUGACACACCAGUCAGUUCACACUGGGGAGUGGCCAUUCACAUGCUCUGAAUGUCGGAAGGGAUUCACUCAGUUAUCCACCCUUGUGAAGCACUACCAGAUUCACACCAGGGAGAGGCCAUUCACCUGCUCAGACUGUGGGAAGGGAUUCACUCAGUCAGCACACCUACUGAGACACCAGUUAGUCCACACAAGGCAGAGGCCUUUCACAUGCUCUGAAUGUGGGAAGAAAUUCACUUGGUCUUCUCAACUGAAGGUACACCAGCGAGUUCACACUGGGGAGAAGCCAUUCAGCUGCUCAGACUGUGGGAAAGAAUUCACACAAUCGUCUGACUUGAAAAUGCAUCAACGAAUUCACACUGGGGAGAGGCUGUCCACCUGCUCAGAUUGUGGGAAAGGUUUCACUCGGUCAUGCAUGCUACAGAGACACCAGCAAGUUCACACUGUGGGGAGGGUGGUCACCUGCUCAGACUGUGGGAUGGGUUUCGAUCAGUCAUUCAUCCUUGUGUCGCCCGACCGAGCUUUGACCCAUGGUGAUUCGGAGAGAUCAGGCACUUGAGAGGACGUAAUUCACUCAGGUUCACCGACGGAGUAUUAAAGGCAGUGGUUCAGGGCAGGUUAUUUUUGAGCUUUCAGCAGUGGCCAAUUUGUAUUUAGGGUUGAUUAUCAAGAACAACUUCAAGUCAGGCAGGAGCAAGUGGAGUGGUCACUGGUGGAGUGGACAGAGUUGGAGCGGAGACUUUGCGGCUUUAGCUCUUUGAGGUUUCAGUGAGGAGAGCCUCCAGUCAGAGAAGGCAAAAUCAUGCCAAAGGUAGAAUUUUUUUUGCCCCCUUUUCAUUUUAAAACAGUAGAGAUGUCAGGCAGGCUAAUGGAAAGCUCCUUUGCGGGAUGUGGGAAGGCAGGGGACCCUCCUGUGUCCCUGAUAACCACACUUGUGAGAAAGGCAUCCAGCUUCAGCUCCGAACAAUCCACAUUAAGGAGUUGCAGCUGGAACUGGAUGAACUCCAGAUCAUUCCGGAGGCUGAAGGAGUGAUAGGUAGGACAUUUGAGAGGUAGUUGCAUCCAAGAAGCACUGCACAGGGAACUGGGUGACUGUCAGGAAGGUAAGGGGGUAACAGCGAGAGCAGUUUACCCCUGUGUCCAUCCCUCUGAGCAACGCAGUUAUCACUUUAGAUACUGUCAGGGAUGGUGAGGAUGACCAAGUAAAGGAAGGUCACAGCAGAAGGGUCUCCGGCAUUUAGUCUGGCUCUGAGACUGAGGAGGGAAGGGAGGAGAAGAGACGAGCUGUGGCCAGAGGUGAUUCAUUCCUUCAGGGAACUGAUUGGACGUCCUGUGGGUGAGAAUGAGAUUCCAGGAUGGCAUGUGGUCUCCUGCAUGCAAGGUUCUGAUAUAUAGUCUGGUCGAGUAACGAGGUUCUGCAAAGGGAGUUCAGCGAGUGAGCUGCUAAGUUAAAGGGCGGCUCAUCCAGGCCUGUGAUCUCAGGACUGUCACCUGUGCCACGUGCCAGGAAUCAGAAGAUUAUACAGUUUAACACAUGGCUAAGGAGUUGGUGCAGGAGGGAGGGUAUAAGAUUUUUGGAUCUUCUGAGCUGGUGAGGAUUGUUGUGUACAGAGGAGUGCGAGUGUGUUGGGGGGGGGGAGAGCACAUCAUUGAUGGAGUGCGACUGUGCAGGCAGUCUCUCACACACAGACACAUGCAGUGGAGUGUGAGGGAGGGGAGUGAGAAGGGAAAAGAGGAAUGAGGAGGAUGGAGUUAGGGCUCCUUCACAAAGUCCCAGACUCACCCACCCCACCCCCUUUGGAAUUGGUCCCAUUUAAUUUUGCAGUACUUUAAGUUUCCUCUCACUUAAAGUUCUUAUUAAAGAGCUUUUUGUAUGGGCACGUUGAAGCAUUGUCUCAUUAGUUACCCUAUCUCUAUAUGCUAUUUUCAGCAUUCUUCUA